AUGUACAACGGCAUCGGGCUCGCGACGACCCGCGGGUCGGGCACGAGUGGCUACGUGCAGCGCAACCUCAGCUAUGUCAAGCCCGCGCACCAGCGCGAGAAGGAGCGCCAGGCCAUGAUGGGCUACGCCAAGUACGAAGAGCCCCACAAGAAGACGGCCGUCAACAAGCAGAUCCUCGCGCACGAGCGGAAGCGCCAGGUCGAGGUCAAGGUCAUGGAGCUGCGCGACCAGCUUGAAGAGCAGGGCUUUGAUGACGACGAAAUCGACGACAAGUGCGACGCCCUGCGCAAGCAGCUCCAGGCCAAGGCGGAGAAGGACGGCGACAACAACGACAAGGGCGCGAGCAGCCACGCCCGCGCCACGUACCGCAACGGUGCGACCUUUGACUUCGAAGCGCAAGCGGCGCAGCGGCUCGAGCGGCAAGAAGAGUUUGAGCGCAAGCAGCAGGCCAAGCUCACGCACGACGUCAACCUCCACGUUCCCCUCGACGAAGUCAUUAUGUUUGACGCGUCGACGCAGGCCAAGCAUGCGAACUUGCAAGUCUCACAAUAA